UGCGUGGGAGGGAAGGGUAUUAUAUUGUAAUUUUUUUUUUUUUUUUUUUUUUAGAGGCUUGACGUAGAAAAUUUUUCAAGGCGCUCGUGUGCGAGCAGUGACAGUUUGUUUUUUGUUGGUUAUGGAUUUAUGCGCGAUAGCGAGUAUAGGUUUACAUUUUGUAAUUAAUUCGUGUAAUUGGAUGGGAAAUUCAAGAGUAGUGUUUUGUUCACGCGAUCGAGAACUUUCAAUGCUGGAUGAAGAAAAUGCGGAAUCGACUUUUUCUUUCGUUAAUAUAAAUUAGAAUCUUUAUGUCUGUGUAUCUCCAGCUAAGCGUCAUUACCACUAAUGCGUGUAAAACCGAGUUUUAUAGAUCAUUAAACGGUAGCGUUAGAUCAAUAUUUUUCACACAUUCAAAUCCGAUAGGCAUGCCUCGACCGAUAAAACAGACUCGCGGUUGAAAAAUCAAACUUUCGCGCUUUCUCGAUUCCCAUAUCAAUAUCGUUCACAACGAUCACUCAAUAUACUUACAUGUCCGUCGUCGCUUCUCCGCAAAGUCGUUGUUUUUGCAGUAUACCAAACCACGAGAGAAAAUGCAUCGGAAUAACUCAUCGAUCGCUUUGAGGAAAAAAAAACAACGAUACAUUGAACUUUCCCAACGCGAACACACAUAUCUAGACGUAAACAAAACAAUAUCCAUUGAUAGAAAAUAACGCGUCGUCGACAGAGAAGCACGUGCGCUGCGUGUACUGUACCCCCUCGAACAUACGAGCCGACAAGCUCUCUCCGCACGGAUAUGUUUUUAGAACUAGCUGUACUACAGUACAAACAUACACAUCCGCGUCUCGACCCUAUACGCGCCGAUGCAUCGGCCGACGUCUCAGUGCGUCUCCCAUACCGGUCCACGAAACUUCGUUCUCGUCGUCGUUUCUUCGAGCUUACGUAACGCCACAGCAUCGAGCUGUAUACUCGAAAGAAGUGCAACGUCUUCUCUCGGUUAUUUAUUGUUCUCGAGUAAAAAGUCUCUGUAUAAGCAUCUCGCGAGUGUCGUUCGCGCACGUGCUGGAAGCUCAGCGUUCUGUUCUAUAAAUAAGCCUCCGAUUGACGUCGCGAGAGGUUAUACAAAGCUCGGAUUAUCAUCCGCGAAGAAAUGCGAGGAUACAGCAGCGAUGGGAUUGACGAUAUUUAGGAGAAGAACAAGUCGAAAUGCAACAGCAGAGACGGGAGGUUUGUCCUUCCCCGGUAUUGGCUCAGUUCGGCUACUUCAUAGCCUUGGACCGACUAACCUCGCUGCCUUGCUUCUGGUCGGAAAACGGCGAGCAGCAGGAGUCGCCGUUGUCGGCCUCGCCGCCGCCUCCGCCCCCGCAACCGCCACCGGAGAGUCCAGUGCCCACCAAGGAGGCUUUCUUCCAGCAGAACGAGAUCUCAGCCGAGCCGCCGAUUCUAGAGGUGCUGGACGAACCCGUCGACGAAGCGGUAGGAGGCGGUUGCGGUAGCGGCAGCGUAACCGACCGAGGAUGGGAAGUUCACCAGGUGACGGUGACGAGGGUCCCGGGUUACGGAUUCGGCAUCGCCGUCUCCGGCGGUCGGGACAAUCCGCACUUCACCAACGGAGAUCCGGCCAUCGCCAUCUCCGACGUUCUCAAGGCUGGACCCGCCGAGGGAAAGCUUCAAGUGAACGACCGCAUAAUCUCGGCGAACGGCGUGUCUCUGGAGGGCGCUGAUUACGGCGCAGCUGUCCGAGUUCUCCGCGACUCCGGCUCGACGGUCCUCCUGGUGGUGAAGCGUCGCGCCGGACCGAUGUCGGCCAACUGUACCAUCAACGGCCAGACCGGCCUGAACCAGAGCUCCCGUAGUCCGGUGACGCUCCAGCCGCCCACACCGUCGACCCAGAGCAUCAGACUGAGCCUGAGCAGACCCAGCAAGAAGGAGGACUUUGGCAUCGUCCUGGGCUGCAAGCUCUACGUCAGGGAGGUGACCCGCGAGGGAACCGGCGCCAGAGCCGGCGACCUGGUCACCCGCAUCGCUGGGGUCCAGGCGGAGAACAUGAGCCUCAAGGAGGCCAGGAAGCUCAUGGACUCGAGCAAAGAGAGGCUGUCUCUGGUGGUCAGCCGAGAGACCACGACCGAUCCGAAUCAACCCGCUGGCUCGUUUCAACAACAGCAGCAGCAACAGCAGCAGCAGCAGGUCGACGGUACCAAGGGUCAGCAGCAGCUGGCCGGUGGAGCCGAUUACUCGGGACAGGGUUACAGCAGUCAGAACCUGUACGUACCGCCGCCGACCAGACUGCCCAGCUCGAGCAGCGAGGACAAGAGUAAUCUGGCGCCGAGAGGAAGGUCUCGGGGCCCGCUGAUGGACGUUUCGCUCAGCCAGCUGGACCUGCCCGCCACACCGACGCAGGCUCACAAGGAACCCCCGAGACCACCACCACCGAGACCCGAGGAUUACUACAGCUCCAGGAGACAGAUGUACGAGGACGAUCCCCUUAUUCAGAGGACCAAGCAGCCGAUGCCCGAUCCGCGAUUCAUAACGUUCCAGAAGGAAGGGAGCGUUGGGGUUCGGUUGACGGGAGGUAACGAAACUGGCGUCUUCGUUACCGCAGUUCAGCCCGGCAGUCCAGCUUCUCUUCAGGGUCUCCAGCCGGGAGACAAGAUACUCAAGGUCAAUGACAUGGACAUGAAAGGCGUGACUAGAGAAGAAGCUGUGCUCUUCCUACUCAGCCUACAGGAACAAAUCGAUCUCAUCGUCCAGCAUCGACGCCAGGAGUACGAGCAGAUAGUGGCUUCCGGCAAGGGCGACUCCUUCCACAUAAAGACACAUUUCCAUUACGAGCAGCCAGACAAGGGAGAAAUGAGUUUUCGUAGCGGAGACGUUUUCCACGUCGUUGACACGUUGCACAACGGCGUCGUGGGUGCCUGGCAAGUGUACCGCAUCGGCCGGAACAACCAGGAGGUCCAGAAAGGGAUAAUACCCAACAAAGCACGCGCCGAGGAGCUGGCGACCGCCCAAUUCAACGCGACGAAGAAGGAGAUGAGCGCAAGCGAGAGCAGAGGAAGCUUCUUCCGACGGCGGAGGGGCAGUCAUCGUCGUUCAAAGUCACUUGGCAGGGAUCACUGGGACGAUGUCGUCUUCUCCGACAGCGUCAGCAAGUUCCCCGCCUACGAACGCGUUGUUCUACGUCAUCCUGGCUUCAUCAGACCCGUUGUACUUUUUGGCCCGGUUGCCGAUCUGGCUAGGGAAAAGCUACUUAAAGACUUUCCCGACAAAUUCACUUCGCCUCAAACGGAGAGUCAAAUAGAGGAAGGUGGCAAGAGCACCAAGUCAUCGGGAAUCAUUCGUCUGAGUGCCAUCAGGGAAGUCAUGGACAGGGGAAAGCACGCGCUAUUGGAUAUCACACCCAACGCCGUCGAUCGACUGAAUUAUGCUCAGUUUUAUCCGAUUGUUAUAUUCUUGAAAGCCGAAACCAAGCAGAUGAUCAAGGAAAUGAGAGUUGGUGUACCAAAAUCGGCGCACAAGAGUAGCAAAAAGUUGCUAGAACAGUGCCAAAAACUCGACAAAAUCUGGGGCCACGUCUUCAGUGCCGUGAUAACGUUGAAUUCUCCGGAAUCGUGGUACAGAAAGUUGAGAGAGCUUAUCGACUGGCAGCAACAGGGUCCUCUGUGGAUGAGUCAAACAAAGCCUAUAGAAAUGGUGUCGGAUCUCUACUUCCCUCCUGUCCCUCCUUCUCGUGUGCAAACGCCACUUGCUUUACACAGUCCGGAAGAGGCCCUCUCGGAUGACUUCCUCUUCCCGAUGACUUCACGUCUGUCCUACGCUUCCUCCCCGGAGAGUGACCUGGAGCUAAGCCCCGCACCUCCCCUUCCUGGCGCCCUGGGAGUACCGUCGCGCCUCAAGAGCAGCUCCGACCCGAGCAUUGCGACGCAGGACGAUGCCGUAGCUCCGCCGCCGUACACCACCAGUUACCAGCUCAGUCAGCUCCAGCAGGCGGCAUUCGAGAGUGCUCAUCGCCGAAGAACGCAGCAGCAGCAGCAGCAGCAGCAGCAGCAGCAACAGCAGCAACAGCAACAGCAACAGCCUCCGAUGCAGCAGCAGCAGCAGCAGAUGCAGUCGCCGCCGGAUCUGCCGCCGAGGCUGGAUAGAAACUCGAAACCAACGAACAUGCCGAUGCGCACCCAGUCCCAGGGGCGAUCGGCGCAGGAGAGGCUCAUCAACAAGACUGACUCUGUUCUGGAUAUGGCCAACUACAUCAAUGCCACUUCGCAUAGGGCUAAUGCCACCUCGUCGCUCGAAAGGACUCAAGCCAAAGCGGGAAGCUACGACAGCAUGUCCUCGUACGACUCGUACAACACCAACGGCAACGUGGCCUAUCCAGGCAGCGGUCUGAACACGUCGACCGGUCGACUGGGUCCAAACGUGCCCGACGACCUCAAGAGCAGCACCAUAGGCGUCUCCUCGAGACCGCACGACCCAUACAGGUUUACAAGAUCCACCGCAAUACCUGUGCAAGAAACGCAGACGCGAACCGACUACGCCAAGUACAGCCGAACGGGCGAUUACAAGCCCGUGCCACCUUCCCAGUCGAAAACUGGAACCUACAAGCCAGUACCGCCUCCCAAACCAAAAAAUUACCGGCCACCCCAACAACCCAUCAUCCAGGACGAGAACAACGGCGGGAAUAUGUACCAGCAUGCCAAGAGCUACUCCAUGGGAACUUCGCACAUGCACAACGGAUAUGCUGAUUCGCAGGCGGAGAAUGGGGUAAACAUGCAGCGCAACAGCGGUCAGUACUACUACAACAUCUCGCCGGCGGCGAACCGCAACAUGCAGAACGACGCCUAUUCGGUAAACUCAAACCACACGCAUCAGCAUCACGCGAGCCCGGCGUCCCACAGCCACAGCGUGUCGCACUCGCACCCGCUUUCGAGUCCCUCCAUGAUGUCGCACUCCCACAGCAACAGUUCUGGCCAGAUCGGCAUAGCUCACUCGCACAAUCGCAACAACAAUAACAACAACGUGUCGAUGAACGGCCAUAGCCACAGCAACAGCCACAGCGGGAUAAGUCUGCAGAACUCGCCAUCCGCUAACAAUGCCCAUAACAGGGAGUCUAGCGCCCUCGAUCUGGCGGGAAGUAGGGAGCAGCGAGGAAGUGCCUUUGAACUCUAUCGUAAACCAUUGCAUCACCACAACAUCAGGACUAUGGGGAUGGGGAUGGCACGAGGGGCGUUCGGUAGCAAAGGCGGUGUUCUCGAAGGGCCAGGAGGUGUUACCCUGAUAAUACCUCCCGGCGCCUUGCCACCGAACAGCCAUCAAGAGAUCUACUUCAGUGUAACCGACCCUAACGGUGUUGAAUUGCAUAACAAUACUCGCGGCCAUCGCUCGUCAAUAUCACCUCCCAUGCACAAUGGUGAAUCCAUGUUGAGUCCACUCGUGGAAUGCGGACCAAAGGGACUUGAAUUUCAAAACCCCGUCGAGCUCAGGAUUCCUCACAAGGCCACGCCAGCUCAUCGACUAGCAUUGAAAGCCACCGACACCGAGAACAACUCGAACGCCGACUGGCUGAACGUCAAACUGCCGGAUCCUACGUCGGACCACGUCAUCGUUAGACUCGAUCACUUCUGAUCAACAAUUUUUCGUAAUUAACUCGUUACUUAAAAUCACUAAUGUGCAUUUAUUACUAUACUUUUCAUUCUUUUUCUAUAGCUAGAAUAUAGUCGUGCAGGCGCCCGACGAGCCUCAUUCAUUAAAUUACCCCCGGAGAUUAUUUAUUUCGACGCGAAAGAGUUUAACUUGCCAUAGCCAUCGAUAGAGUAAUCAUCGUGACAUUGUGUUCGCGAAAGUAUUCUCUUCGUCGGGCAGCCAAAUUUUAGAGUAUUGUUCGUAAGAAAGUCUGAAAACUAAAGAAUUAGAAAUAAUUAAAACAUUCUAGAUGAAAUUAGUUGACGAGAAAACUUUUUAAAGCUUCCUUCUUCGGUUUUAUUAAUUUUCAUUUGAGACGAUACCACUUUGUAGAUAGUGGCUAGCGAGAUUAAUAAUAUACCAAAAGAGCAAGAUCACUCGGAGAUUGACGAUACUUUGCUUAGCAUUUAAUUGACAGUCAUGACGUCGAACGUAAACAACAUUACUCAUAAGCAUAUGCUGAUUGUGAUUAUCGUUUUUUUUACUUUUUCCUUAUUUUUAUAUGUAUGAAAAAUGUUAUUUCAUAAUUUUCAAUUAAUAGAAUCUUGUGGUUAUUUUAUAGAUACGAUAGAUAAAUAUUUGUACUAAUUAAUAGUUUGUGGCUUAAUGAUUUUCUCCAGACAAAUUUUCCUAGUCUUUUUUUCUGUCUCUUGAAUUUUUUUGCAUAGUUUAUCGAUUUUUGUUUCGUUUAACCCACAAAUUGUUAAUUAAUAUAUGUUACAUAUUAAUGAUCUAAUUAAAAAUAUUAGGUUAAAGAUCUUUUAAAAUGUAUAAUGAAGCAUUUAAUGAUACAAUAUAGAAAGCUCAAUUUGCAAUUUAGCAAGAAUAACAUGUAUUAAAAAUGUUGAAUCUCCAUAUUACAACAUAAAUUACUAGAUAAA